ACUCUUCCUUAUCAUCUACCUGUGUUUCAGGGAGAACACAAAGAAAAGGUCUCUCUUUCUCUACGACGAUGGAGUCUAUCGUUAACCUGCACUACCGAAACCUGCCUUUCCACCUCUCUUUCAAUCGCCACCGUCCGUAUUUCCCCAAACCCAUCUCCUCCCUUUCCUUCAGGGCGUCGCCGUUCAAAGUAUCCUCCAUCAGGGCUUCAUCUCCGUCCUAUGAGCCCCCGAAGCCUUUGCUUCUCCAAUCGCUUAAGCCUCUCCUCAAAUCCACUUGCAUUUCCAUCACCGCCGCUGCCGCACUCUUCUUCGCGCGCUUCCACCAGAUGCCCGCGCUCGCCUCGAUAUCGGCAAUUCCCGCCAUGGAGACCUCGACGGACAAGGGUGCCUCAUUACACGAUCAGGAAAAAACCCUCCAACAAAAAUUAUCGAAGAACCCGAAUGACAUCGAAACUCUCCGCUCCCUCAUGGAGGUCCGUAUCAAAUUGAAGAAACUCCAACAAUCCAUCGAAGUCAUCAACCGUUUGAUCCAGCUCGAACCCCAAGACCCCGAAUGGCCAAUGUUAAAGGCCCAAAUUCACAGCUACGCCGGUGAUUUCGAUCUAGCCAAGAAGGAGUUCGAAGAAAUAUUAGCCAAAGACCCAGAUCGCGUCGAGGCAUUUCACGGCCUUGUAAUGGCUUAUUCCGAUUCGGGUCAAAAAUUGAAAGAACUUGAAAAAAGAAUCGAAGGGGCGAUGGAUAAAUGCAAGAAAGAAAAGAGAAACAAAGAUUUCAGAGAUUUUAAGCUAUUAAUUGCACAAAUCCGGGUCAUUGAAGGCAGACAUUCUGAAGCUUUGAAGGUUUAUGAAGCUUUGGUUAGGGAAGAGCCAAAGGAUUUUAGGCCAUACUUAUGCAUGGGGAUUAUCUACACUUUACUGAAGAACAAAAACGAAGCUGAGAAACAGUUCGAGAAAUUCAAGGAACUUGUUCCUAAAAAUCACCCUUACAGGGAGUACUUCGUUGACAACAUGCUGGCCACCAGGCUUUUCGCCGAGAAGCGUUGAGAGAUGAAGGAUGAUAUUCUUUCAAAGAGGUCCCUUUUUUUUUCAAUUAUUUCCUAUUAUUUUCCUUUUAAUUCUCUUUCAGCUCCAUUGCAACAGUUGAGCUUUUGGCCUUCUGUUUAAUUCAAUGUUGCAUUACAUAUGUGUUUGGGUUUAGUAUAAAGAUAAGCAUCGCUUAGUUGAGCUAAGCUUUAUAUAAUA